AUGGGAGGAUUGCAGAGUGCGCUUGGCUUUGGUGCUACGAAGCCUCGCGUCACCGUCGACAACUUCUAUAAGCUCUCGGCCCCGCUGAUUAACGGCGAGGUCUUGAACUUCGAGAAGUUCCGUGGUGACGUCGUGCUGGUGGCCAACGCCCAAUACAAGCUCUUCGGGGAGCUGGGCCAAAAAUUCGGGGACAGGGGUUUCAAAAUCGUCGGUUUCCCCAGCCGACAAUUCCUCAAUCAGGAGAUGAAGACUAAUAAGGAUAUCGAUGACUUCGUGACGGACAUCCUCAAGCCUUAUCCUGGUGUCAAGGACAAGGUCUUUUUACUAGCAGAGCCUUGUGAUGUCAACGGCGACAAAGCAUCUCCGGUCUUUGAGUUCCUCAAGUACCACUCAGGCUUGUAUGAUCCGAAGUUGGGAAAAUCCAAGCCGAUCCCUUGGAACUUUGGCAAGUUCCUCGUCAAUAAGAAUGGCGAGGUCGUGUGCUUUUGGGAUCCCAAGGAGGCUAAUAUCGCCGACGAUAUAGAGGCCUGCAUAGAGGGUAGGUUGGAAGGUAAGAAGAUUGCCUCGGCUGAAGAUGCGGAGGAGAAAAAGUCCAGCAUGUCCCCAGAAGAGGCUAAGAAGUUCGUCGAGGAUAAGAUCAAUGGCCCAGCUACUGCCGUAGGCUUCACCCUUUCCUAUUGUCCCCAUUGCAAGGCAUCUCUUGCAAGUCUUAAGGAGUUGACAAGCUCUUUGGAGGUCGUUGAGGUUGAUACCAUGGAGAAUGGUGCGGCUGUGAAGGAAGCUGUGAAGGCCGUCACGGGUCAAAAGACCUUCCCUCAAGUGUUCAUAAAGGGCAAGUUCAUUGGUGGCAACAGCGAACUUCAGGAGCUCAUCUCUGAUGGGAAGAUCAAUGAUAUGAUUAAACAAGAACUCUAA